AUGGCGCAGAGCAGACAGAAGAGUUACGCUAAUGUUAGGCAGAAAGAUCUUGAGUUGGAGGCCGAUGAUAAAGUGUUCCUAAAAAUGGCGCCAAUGAAGGGUGUCCUGAGGUUUGGAAAGAAGGGAAAACUAAGUCGGCGUUUUGUAGGGCCAUUCGAGAUCUUGGAGCGAAUUGGCUCUAUGGCUUAUCGUUUGACUUUUCCACCGUCUCUCUCUACGGUCCAUAAUAUCUUUCAUGUCUCCAUGCUGAGGAAAUACAUAAUGAACCCGUCUCACAUAGUGGACUUUGAGCCCUUGCAAUUGAAUGAAAACUUAAGUUAUGAAGAGAAGCCUGCACAGAUUGUUGCAAGGGAAGUGAAAGUUUUGCGUAAUAGAGAAGUGCCACUAAUGAAGGUUUUGUGGUAG